UUCAGUUAGGUCGAGUUUCUACACAAUUGAAUGUGGUUAUUUGUGCUGUAAACCGAGUUUUGGAUAUGCUUCUUAAAAUAAUUACGUUUUGUUUAAUAGUAACAGUUUGCGCCGAAAAUUCUACAAAAUCUCAUCAAAAUGCAACGGAAGACGCCUUACUCGCAAACAAUGAGAUUCACUAUGAUAGGAAUUGUACCCCUGCUGCCAUUCACGAAUUUCCCAGCGAUGGUCUAACGAGGGAGCAAAGAAGAUCGGGAUGGGUCGCGGUUCAUGUGUUUCUAACCAUUUACUCGUUCAUUAUACUGUCUACGGUUUGCGAUGCCUACUUCGUACCUGCCAUCCAAGUUAUAGCGAAAAGAUUCAAUUUGGCGGAAGAUGUGGUGGGCGCCAGUUUUAUGGCCGUUACAAAUUCCAGCCCGGAAAUAUUUAUUAACUUUGUAGGUACGUUUGUAACAGAAGGCGAUAUCGGUAUUGGUACGGUGUUGGGCUCGAACGUCUUCAAUAUUCUAGCGGUACCGGUUUGCUGUGGGUUUUUUACAAAAACGGCUUUCUACUUUGAUUGGUGGCUGAUAAUCCGGGAUGGCAUGAUAUAUGCGGUAUCUGUGAUUCUGCUGAUUGUUACUCUUAGCGAUGACAAAGUGUACUGGUACGAGGCGCUCGCCUUCGUUCUUCUUUACUCGGUAUACAUGCUAGCUCUCUACUUUAAUACGUUUAUGAAGAAGACUGUGAACAGAUUCUGUAUGCCUCGGGACGCCGAAUCAGCAGCGCACGAGCUGGGAAAGUUGAACGAAAAGGCGCAGCAAAAUCAUGUAGACAACAACGUUGAGCAGCCGAAACCUGCACCUGAUGUAGAAAAAGCUGCGCCGCCACCAGUUGAUGAUGAUUCCGACUUUGAGUACGUGUGGAACGUGUGGACAUUUCCCAAGGAUUCUUCGAUGUUUAACAAAGUCUGGUGGAUAUUUGUUUGGCCCAUCUUGUUCAUACUGAAAUACACAAUUCCCAACACCAAGAAACACCACUCAAUGUUUCUACUGACACUGCUCAUGUGCAUUGCAUGGAUUGGAUCAAUGACUUACCUACUUUCAUGGUUUAUCACCGCAAUCGGUGACACAAUUAGCAUUCCCGACUCUGUGAUGGGUUUGAUUUUCUUAGCAAUUGGCAGUAGUAUUCCAGAAAUAGUCUCUUGCAUAAUCGUCAGUAAGCAAGGGCAAGGAAUUAUGGGGAUGAGCAGCGCCUUGGGUGCCAACAACUUUGAGGUUUUACUUUGCUUAGGUUUACCGUGGCUGGUCAAAACGCUUUUCUACCCCAAAACUGACGGAAGUCACUGGAUUAACAUUAAUUCCUCGGGCCUGGCCUACAACGCAGCGUGUCUACUAUCAACGUUAAUAUUACUAUACAUCACAAUAAUAUGUAAUAAAUUUAGGUUAAAUUGGAAGACGGGCGUAAUAUGCCUCACUCUGUAUGUCGUUUUUCUUGUAAUUGGAACUUUAAUCGAGCUUAAUGUCUUCUUUGUUGUAAAUCUGCCCACUUGUACGUGAGGCAUAAAAUGUAUUUUAUGAUGAUUUAUGUGUAAAUGUAGAUGUAGUAAUUUUAAUCUUAAGGGUUUUGAUGACACGCAAGUUUCGCAGGACAAAUGUGAAUAAGAUUGUAGUUAUGUUGAAGAAUCAUUCAAGUGGGGAUUGGUACAGAGCUUUAGAUCAAUCGCAUUAAAAUGCAAAACAGAAUAGAAGCGGAUGGUGAAGAAAAUUCCUUGUGGAGCAUUUUCACCUAAUAAGCCAUGACUAUAUACAUUUCAGGAUAUAAUCUCUUUUCAAAAGUAACAAUAAGGACUUAGGCCUCGUAAUAGUGAGACAAAGUGGUCUAAGAAUCUGUACAAAAUCUCUUCAGCCCAUUUUUGCAGAGUGUACUAUAAUUAUAACAAAAAAUUCCAAAUAAAUACGUUAAAAUAC